AAUCAAAACAAACCAUUCAGUCGAGAGAUCGCUUUCCGUUCGGUUGUUGCGCGAAUUUCGGAGUCGCUUUGCUCGUCUGACGUUCAGGCUUCUAUUUAAACGCGGAUACGGAUGUGUCUUAUACUUUUUGCCGUUGAUUGAGCAAAUUUUCGGUCGGCUUGAGUUUCGCGUGUGUGUUGCUCUUAUCAACGGAUCAUCAGUGCAGGCAGCGGCGGGGCUGGGCUAUAAAAUAUCGUGUGAUUAAUUUGUACUGCUCGAGCGAAGAGGCUGUUUAAUUUCGGUUAAGUGAAGUGAGAUAAAUAUAAUAAAAACGACGCAGUGCAUCGAAAGUGCUUCGGCGGGCAAUUCGGCUGAGGAGAAACCAAACCAGUUUCGGUAUAACCAUCGUUCCUACGUGGGUCAAUCUCGCAGCCACAACCACAGCCCCCAUAGAAUGUCCCAGGUGGACAGAAUGCUACCGACCAGUGAUAACAUUAACGAUUCAGGUGACGUAAAACCGCGCAAAGAUAGUGGCAGUGAUAAGAGCACUAAUUCGCCAGUGGUCAGUUCGCCGUUUUCAAGCUCAAUUUCUGGGGUGACCUCGGUAUCAAUGGAUCAGGAGCAGCAGCAGGACAAAACCGGUUUGCUGCCAUAUCACGCACAGCAACAACUGGAACAAUCAGAUCCAGACGGCAGGGGCGGCGGUCACAGUGCUGAUGACACACCGCUAGCCGCCGCUUACGAGCCAUGUGAUCCGUUAAUUAUCCUGAAUCUGUUUCAAUCACUGUCAUCUACGACCAACUCGCUGGAGCUGCAAAUAAAGAUUAAUUUACAUCUCAAAGCGCUGACGAAGUCACCCUACGUUUUCCUGGUGCCGAUUCUACAUUCCAGCGAUGAAGGUCUCAUCCAGGUUAUCAACGAUAACAUCCUCGAUAAGGAAAUUCGCUUCUCGAUCAACACAUCCCACUUGAAAAAUGAAAGCCUUCACAAUGGAUAUCCAUUCGUCAUUGACGAUAUAAAUAAAGACUUUUCAGAAGUUAUAGAAAUGGUGGUAGGCAACAAGCACAAUACUCUUGUUUACGAUAUUAAAAGCCCACGUGUCAGUAAACUGCAGACGCAGAUAUCCACCUCAUCGACGUCGUCUGCAGCAUCCUUACCGACGCUGUCGUCAUUCGAUGGCGUCAACGUUCAACCUCAGCUGCAAAACCAUAACAACUGCAGCAGUUACAGCAGCAACCGGUCCCAGCUGAAGCAGCAACAGAUUGCCCUUUUCGUCUGUAUCGCCGGGGACAAUGCAUCCCGUUCGAGAUAUCAGUUCUACAUCGAGGACACCUUCAGGUACGUGCUUGGACACCUGCUGACUGCAUUCGAGCUGUUUGAGGAAAAACGGGUGCGUUAUCAAUGCCAGAACCUGCUGCAGGUCGCUCGCCGGCUACUGGGCAAAAUAGGCGACCUGGGCCAGCUGCUGCAAGGUGUCAUGACGGAAGCCAAAGAACUCACCGCUGCGGAACGCUGCUCUUUGUUCCUGCUGGAUAAACAUACCGGCGAACUGGUGUCAAAAGUGUUUGACGGUAAUGAGGCAUCCAAAGAGAUUCGAAUAGCGAGCGGCAAAGGAAUAGCCGGUUACGUCGCCCAAACUGGCAAGCUGCUAAAUAUCCGGAACGCUUAUCAGCAUCCGCUGUUCUAUAAAGGCGUCGACGAGUCUACCGGCUUCAAAACGCGGAACAUUCUUUGCUUCCCCAUCUGCGAUGAAGCUGGCGUAAUCGGAGUGGCACAACUCUGUAACAAGCUGAACGGUUUCCAUUUCGAUCGGUGUGACGAAGAGGUGGCCACCGCGUUUUCCGUGUACUGCGGCAUCAGCAUCAUGCAUGCGCUCGUACAUAAGCAGGUGCAGAAAGCGGAAGCUCGGUUCAAACUCUCGCAGGAGCUGUUGCUGUAUCACAUGAAGGUACCGGAUACCGAAAUCCAGCACGUCCUGGAGGGAGUAAACACACACGAAUCACAGCGGCACACGGUGGACUUUCCGCACUAUGAGUUUUGUCCCCGUGACGUAAAAGACUUUGCCCUUUCGGUGAAACUAUCGAUGCGGAUGUUUAGUGAUCUCAAUUUCGUGGCCGCAUUCCAAAUUCACGAGGACAAACUGGCCCGAUUCAUCCUGAUGGUGCAGAAAGGCUACCGGGAUACUCCCUACCACAACUGGUGGCACGCUUUUUCGGUCGCUCACUUUGCCUACGCACUGAUGAUGAAUUUGCGACUGAUUGAAAAGGGGAUCAUAACCAAAAUGCAGGGCUUUUCGUUUCUCAUUGCUGCCUUCUGUCACGAUCUGGACCAUCGGGGCACUACCAACACGUAUCAGACGCAGUCCAGUAGUCCCUUGGCGCGGUUGUACAGCAGUGAGGGAAGUGUUAAUGAAAGACAUCAUCUGUCCCAGGCGAUCUACAUUCUGAACGACUCGAGCAGUAAAAUUCUCGAUGGCCUAUCGACAGAGGAGUUCAAAGAAUGCAUCGACUAUCUGAGAGACCUCAUUCUGGCUACUGAUUUGGCAAACCACUUUAGAAUCAUGACUCACCUGAAGAGACUGCGGACGGAUAACCUGUCAGAAAGCGCUAACCAAAGACUUCUACUAUCACUUUUGAUCACCUGCUGUGAUCUAAGCGAUCAGGUCAAAUCGUGGCGGACGGUGCAGCAUGUGGCGCAUUUAGUGUACGCAGAAUUCUUCGCCGAAGGUGACUUGGAACGACAAAUGGGUCUUCGGCCUGACACGAUGAUGGAUCGCAAGAAGGCCUGCAUCCCAGUUCUGCAGAUCGAGUUCCUAGCCACCGUGAUUCGACCAACGUUCGAAAUUCUGGUGAAAAUCUUUCCCGAAACAGAGUGCUUCCUGGAGACGAUUGACAGCAACCGCGAGCACUGGAUGCAUCUGAAGGAGAACGCAAACUGUCCCGGCGGAAGCGAGUGUUGUGAGUUUGCUGAAAAAAACUGUGACGGUGUGGGCGGCAACUAAAGAACCCUCCUCACUGCAAGGCAUAAGUGCGACAAAUAUCGAAGCUAGUGAUUAGAUUAAGCUACGGUAUGCGGAAUCGGAAACCUAAAAUGGGAGUUUUAUUUAUUACAAAUAAGCUUUAGUUUGUGGAAGACAUUAAUUUUUUAUCAUUGAUACCUAACACAUCUAUACCGUUUGCUGGCAAACGAUCACAUUUUAACCCUUUCUUUGUAUUGUAUUCUGUUUAAAAUUGUAAAACAAAUGUUCUUAAUGCUCUGCCCCAAAAUACAUACCUACUGAAAUGUUUUGUCUUCAAAACUGUCAUGUUUCACGAAUUAACUCGAUCAGAUUACUGGAGUCUCUAUUGCCAUCAAAAAUAAUGGAGACGCCACAUUUAUGUUUCCAUCAGAAACAAAUACUCUCUCGUAAAUUUCGAAUAGGAUGACAAACAAUGAGCGGUUUGAAUAUAAAGAACGACAAUAAUCAAAAGUAACUUUAAUUAAAAAAAUGUACGUUUCAGAAUUGCUAUUUUGAGUCUUUUUCAAACAUUUGUUAAUCCAUACAACAUUUGAACUAACUAGUUGGCCCACAUAUCCUAUGAUAUUUUUGCUACACGAAAGAUGACACACCACUGAACCGGAUCCGAUCAGUCGUAUAACUUUUCAUUUUAUUUGUCAUAUCAAUCCAUCGAUACUACUACACUAACAUAUGUAUGGUAGCUUAAGACGCGUUGUCUUAUUAGCCGUAAAAAUCAUAAACCUACAACACAACGCAGCACGAAGUAAAACGCUGUGUGCAACAUAAUUGAACAUAACCAAGGUAGAAGAUUUAAAAUACAGUUACUGACAAAGAACAAUUCACUGGAACGAUCUGAUGUUGCCUAGCAGAACUUCAACCGUGAUGCUUUCAUUCUUAUAGCAGGACUAUUAGAAUUGUAGUUCAUAGGGGAAAAUAUAGCUUAGACAAAAAAACUAUUUGAACGCCUACCUUUUUCUAGCUUACAGAAAAAACUUACUAUUUAGCUGGGGUAUACGCGUACGAUAUUCGAAACUCUUACUGUUAGAUCAAUCGUGUAGAUUAGCACUAGGUAUACAUGCUGUGGGAUAAUAUAGUCGGUCAAGUAGAAUUGUCACUGUGUGUAUUGACUUCGCUAGAGAUAUUGUACCAUCGGCUGGUAACUGAUAGAUUCAUUGAAUAAACGUAAAGCAGCACAACUGCGAAUUUUGCUAUUCGCAGAAUUUGGACAGAGAGCACAAAAUAUAUAGUAUUGUGAAAGUGAUGUAGCGACGAGUGUGAAUGCAA